AACGUCGCUUGGUCACACUGACGAUAAGAACCCGCAGCUAUCGAAGUUACGCCGGCACGUGUAGUUAAGUAAAAAGUCCACUUUUUAGCUUUUCCCGUGAGCUCCAGUUUGCAUUUAAGAACAAGAAUGGCCGCCGCUAUCAAAAGGAUCAUCCCCAUGCUGGACCGCAUCCUCAUCCAGAGGGCCGAUGCGCUGACCACGACGAAAGGCGGCAUCGUUCUGCCGGAGAAAUCGGUGGGCAAAGUGCUCGAGGGCACCGUUCUCGCGGUCGGUCCCGGCACCCGCAAUGCCACCACCGGCACCCACAUUCCCAUUGGCGUGAAGGAGGGCGAUCGCGUUCUUCUGCCCGAAUUCGGCGGCACCAAGGUCAAUCUGGAGGGUGACCAGAAGGAGCUCUUCCUGUUCCGCGAGUCCGACAUCCUGGCCAAGCUGGAGUAAUGUUGCCGGCCCGGACACUGUCUCACAAUUCUAUGAAUUCUAUGUUUUUUAUUAGUACGUAACACCACACACACAAUCCCCAAAAAUAUAAUAAACCGCUGAUGCAA